GUUGGUAGAUAUCAACUACAAAUAUGGCUGCGUCGUCUCUCGUUUCGUUCUUGUUGUCCACGUUGCUUGCGGUGAUCACAUUCGCCAUCAUGCAGGUUUAUAAGGUUCCACUCGGUGCAACGCAGCCCAUGACGCUCGUUGGAGGCUUUCUGGGGUCGGUUUUCUUUCUCUUUAUGCUCACGGCACUGAGCAAUAUGGAGAGAGCAUGGCUUGGAGAAGACUACAAAACAGGCCUCUUUCCAGAAGUGAUUGCAUGCCUGUUUAUCUCGAUGCUGGUUUCAGGAUUUGUUCAUCGAGUUUGUGCAACAGUUUGUCUGUUGGUGUCUCUUGCUCAUCUCUACUAUGUCAAUCAACUGUCUAAUUCGGUUUAUGGACCAGCACAAGGUGCGGCCGCUCCAGUUGCAGUGGCACCCAAGAGGAAGAAGUGAUUGUAACAUUUGUGGUUGUUUAGUGCUGAUUGCUGAAGGUAAUAUGAACAUUUUAGCCUAAAAAUGUUAUAAAUUUUUGGCUUGUGGUACAACAUGUAGCCAAACAAUCGGCCUAUUUUGAUUGUUCAGUGAGUCAUAACAGCAUGAGAG